CCCCCACACAAAUAAUCUCUUGGCUUUGUUGUUGCUGCAUUAGACCAUUUUGAACUUGUUCUGGUUAGUUGCAACACAAUAGGCGGGGUAAACAAAUAAGUUUUCUUCUCGACUCACGUGUCAUGAACAAGUGUCGAUAUAGAAACUGAAUCUGAAAAUGACGAAUCUUGUUCACUGCUGCCUACAGUGGAAGUAUUCUGACGAAGAGAUUGAGCAAAUUCAGAGAAGUAUAAAGAUUGACAAACAAAUCGAAAGGGAAAAGCACAACAACCGGCGCCAAGUCAAACUUUUGCUCCUUGGAGCAGGUGAGUCGGGAAAAUCAACAUUUCUCAAGCAGAUGCGUAUCAUUCAUGGAGUUAAGUUUGACACAGAAGCUAUUCACGAGUUUCAAUCUAUUGUCUACCAGAAUAUCAUAAGAGGAAUGCGUGUCUUGGUUGAUGCUCGUGAAAAACUACAAAUUCCUUGGGAAAAUCCAAACAAUGCAAACUUGGCACCGUUCCUGUUAAGAGUAGAUAAUGUGAUGCAGUUUGAUACCAAAGUGUUUAUGGAAUAUGCUGUCUACAUUCAACAACUGUGGUGUGAUCAUGGUAUCAGAGAAGCUUACGACAGAAGGAGAGAAUUCCAGCUGAGUGACUCUGUUAAGUAUUUUUUCGAAAAUUUGGAACGGAUUGCCAUAAAGGAUUACUUGCCGAAUAAUCAAGACAUUCUUCAUGCACGCAAAGCCACUAAAGGCGUAACCGAGUUUGUUAUGACUAUAAACUCAAUCCCAUUCCGCUUCGUGGACGUUGGAGGCCAACGUUCGCAAAGGCAGAAAUGGCUUCAGUGCUUUGAUUCGGUAACAGCCAUCCUUUUUCUGGUAUCAUCUUCGGAAUACGACCAAGUUUUAAUGGAAGACAGACGGACGAAACGUCUGGAAGAAUCGAAGAACAUUUUUGAUACUAUCGUCAACAUUCGUUAUUUACUGUCAGUUGCUUUUAUCCUGUUUCUGAACAAAACUGACCUUCUUAAAGCCAAGCUUUUGACUCGAGCUUCUAAUAUUGCACUCUACUUUCCCGAGUAUCAGGACGAUCCAUUUGAUUUGCCUAAAGUCCAAGCCUUCAUUUUAAAUAUGUUUGUAUCUACUCGACGUAACAACCACCAAGUGCUUUAUCAUCAUUUUACUACGGCUGUUGAUACUGAAAAUAUAAACAAAGUUUUCGGUGCCGUCAAGGAUUUCAUUCUUCAAAAGCACCUGAAAGAAAUUAUGCUCCAAUAGGCAUAUAUAUCCUGAAUUGAAACAAGUCAACUGGAUCCGACAUGAUAGGCAAGCCGUUGUAAAGAAUCUUUAAAUUUGAUCGAUCUUUAAAUUUGAUCGACUCUUGAGACGACCUAUUUUUAUGUCAAGAGCCUGUAAAAUCGAUUCUUAUUCUUGUGUACAUAAGAUUUAUUAAGUGCCCUUGAAAAUUGCUCAGAUUAUUUGUGUCCGUUCUACUCGGCUCUCUGAAUAUCCAUAUCAACGUUUGCCUUUUUUU